AUGCCGACCAGACACAGCAGCAGACUAUCCGCAAGGAUCCCUCGCCAUCUCAAAACCCUCCAGCCAAGCCAGCGCAAACUCCCCUUCUCCGAGCUUCAAGGAGACAUACCCGAUGAAGGCCAUCAAGAAGCGUUCGAACUGCUUUAUUCCGAAAUCAACAAAUUCCUCAAAGAUGGAAUCUGCAAAAAGGCGGCCAAUUCGAAGAAGUCGCUCUGGAAGCUGAAGCAUCCCAAAGAAUUUCUGAGUUUCGCCCGCAUGGUUGCUCGGCCUAGCGCUGAUGGGGAGUGGGAGAAGUUGCUCAGGUCUCGGCCGUAUCGAUGUGCCCUUUUGUCGGGUGUGAUGAUGAUGAUGCUGGAGAAGCACGUCUUUUCUGAUCUCUUGUUUGGCGCCGGGCCGGAGCAUGCGGAACUGCUAAGGAUGGAGGAUAGCUCUAUGAUCAACGUUGAAGAUGUGCAAUCUGCAGGAUUCCGACGUACAGCCCUUCGGGCAGACACCAAUCGCGUGUAUCUUGAAGCAACAGGCGGCGUUCCGCCUUUAUUCUGGAAACGCGUAGACAAAAUCACCGCCCAAAUCGUAACAAUGCUAUCCCCUCUCUCUGGCGCCCUCGGAGAAGACGCGCCAUCGCCAGCAUCGUAUCAGGCUUUGCACGACAUCGUUGCGCUUGCAGGGUGGCUCAACCUCGCGAUCCGGCUAUCUCCCAAGAUUACCGUUUUCGAAUGGGUCCAGCCCGGCGAGACAUAUCGACACAGCCACCUCUGCGUUGGUGAAGAAAAGACAGCUUCGUCGGCAAGUUAUGGCAAAACUCGGGAUACUCGAAGCCGCACACGCGUCAUGAUCUCAACCGCGCCGAAAAUCUCGAGACACGCGCACGCGGCCAAGGGGUAUUUCACCGGCACAGCGACAUACGAGGUCAUGCAGCCGCAUGUAGUCACGUAUGUCGGAGGCUACACCGACUGGGACGACAAACUUGAAGUUCCGCUGCAAAAUCAUGUUAGCAGCAGGUUCCCUCUAUCCUCGAUGGGACUCCUAUCUCUGGUAAUGAACGCCGUGCGGCUUGUAGCACUGCUUUCUCUCAUCAGCGUUUUGGGGCUGGUAGUGUUUGGCGCCUGGACCAGUCUUCCUGGCGGUGAGCUGAUGCUGUUGCCGAUCCGACUGUCGUUUCGAAGUUUGAAGUGGUGGUUCAAUAUGAUUCUUCGACAUAGCGAGGUGAACACUCAGUUGAAAGUUGUGAAUACUGGUUGGUCAUGGACGUAG